CUUGGUGCACUGUAUGAUAAAAGUGGACAAUUGAACAAAGCUAAAGAUUUUUACGAAAAAGCUUUGGAACUUCAAAAGCGAUCGUUAGGGGCGAAUCAUGUUGAUGUUGCCGAGUCUUUAUACAAUCUUGGUGUGGUGUAUGAUAAAACUGGAGAAUACGACAAUGCUAUAGCUUCUUACAUAAAAGCUCUGGAUAUUCAAAAAAGAUCGUUAGGUUCAAAUCAUAUUGAGGUUGCUGCAACUUUUUUCAAUCUUGCUUUGGUGUAUGACAAAACUGGGGAAUACGGCAAAGCCAUAGAGGCUCAUCAACAAGAUCUGGAGAUUGUGAAAAUGUGUUCAGAGCCAAAUCCUGUUUCUGUCGCUGUAACUUCAAGCAAUCUUGGUAUGUUGUAUGGUAAAACCGGAGAAUACGACAAAGCUAUUGAAUAUCUUGAAAAAGCUCUGGAAAUUCGGAAAAAUAUCUCAGGACCAAAUCAUGUUAAUGUUGCUGAGUCUUUAUUCAAUGUUGGUUUGUUGUAUGAUAAAACUGGAAUAUACGACAAAGCUAUAGACUGUCAUAAAAAAGCUCUGGAAAUUUUUGAAAAAUCGUUUGGUUCGAAUCAAGUUUACGUCACUAUGUCUUUAAACAAUCUUGCUUUGCUGUAUGCAAAAACUGGAGAAGGCGACAAAGCUAUGGAGCUUCUCCAAAAGGCUCAAAAUAUUUUUGAAAAUCCUUAGGUCUAUAAAUUAUGUUCAAUCGCCAAAUCUUUUAACCAAUUUUUGAUAUGUAAGAUAAUCCUGUAGAAUAGGACAAAUUUCAUGAGCAAGCUAUAAGUAUCAUGAAAAAGCUUUUAAAUUUCA